AUGUAUUGUGGAUACGACGAAAGAUGCAAGUCUGUUUUUUACGGAGAAGAUGAUGGUACAUGUACCUUGUGCAGCGAGGUUUUCAACUAUUACGCUCACAGGCCCGCAGUUGCUAAUGUACACACCAAGCAUCUCAGACCCCUCCAGGGAAGUUGCCCAGAAGGUUGGAUGGGUUUCCAGUAUUCCUGUUACACCCUGACGAAUGCAUCUAACGGAUUCCAUCAUGAUGAAUGUGUUACCAUGGGAGCGCAUGCCGUCUACGUGGAAUCAAUAGAGGAACAGAACUUCUUGACCAAUACACUGAGUCCUGCUACAGGAGGAGACGAGUUAUACCUGGGAUACAAGAAGAUCAAUAAUAUUCUGUACUAA